AUGAACUUGCCGAGCGCCGAGCACCUUCUCUCCACGCCGCCUCGCAGCCUCCGCGGCUCCGAAGGGGAAGACGGGGAGAUCGAUAUUCUGGGAGAGGAGGAAGAUGAAGACGAGGAGGAGGAAGAGGACGACGUGGAGAUCGAAGGGAGCCAGCGGUUUCUAGAGCCGCUGCACCUGCCGGAGCCGCAGGGGGCGCGGCAAGGCGCGGCCGCGCUGUCCCGAGAGCGCACUGAGAGCAGCGGCUGCCCGAGUGACUCCCCACAGUUUGGCACCAAGUUCAGGUCCUCCGCCGGGUCUGCGGCGGCCUCUGGGGACGCCCUGCAGCCCGCGAAGCCCCCUUACUCCUACAUUGCUCUCAUCACCAUGGCCAUCCUGCAGAGCCCGCACAAGCGCCUCACGCUCAGCGGCAUCUGCGCCUUCAUCAGCGGCCGCUUCCCCUACUACCGCCGCAAGUUCCCGGCCUGGCAGAACAGCAUCCGCCACAACCUCUCGCUCAAUGACUGCUUCGUCAAGAUCCCCCGAGAGCCCGGCCACCCGGGCAAGGGCAAUUACUGGAGCCUGGACCCCGCCUCCCAGGACAUGUUCGACAACGGCAGCUUCCUUCGGCGCAGGAAGCGUUUCAAACGCCACCGCCCGCCCCCGGGAGCCCACCUGCACCAUCCCUUCCCUCUCCCCGCAGCGCCUGCCACCCUGCAUGGCCCCUACCCGGGCCUGCUGCUUGGGUCCCCGGCCCCACCGCAGCCUGUCCCCGGGACCUCCCCCUCUGCCGCCCCCGGCAGCCGCCCGUGCGCUCUGCUGCACCCUCACCCCCUUCGCUACCUGCUGCUGUCCGCCCCUGUUUACUCCGAGGCGCCGAGGAAAGCGCAAGGCGCGGACCUGGUGACCCCCAGCGCCGCCUUUCCGGUGCUGCAGCCCUCACUGGGCUCCCAGCCUUGGGAGGAGGGCAAGGGGCCGGCAUCGCGGCCAGCAGGCGGAUGCACCUCCUUCAGCAUCGAGAGUAUCAUGCAAGGGGUCCGAGGAGGGGGUACAGGGACCGCACAGAGUCUGUCCUCGACCCCGUGGGGCUACUGUCACCUGAUGCAGCGCCCGUCAUGCCUGUUGCACACCCAGGCCGCUGCCCCCUUGCUCCACGUGUCCGCUUCCGCAUCUGCUGCCCGGACCAUGUUGCAGCAGCAGCAGCAGCAGCAGCAGCAGCAGCAGCAGCAGCAGCAGCACCAGGGCUGUGCAAUCAAAGGCGCGCUGCUGGGCCUGCACCUGUCCGCCGCCGCGGCGAUGCUGGGGUGUCAGCCCGGAGCAGAGGGCUCCAGGCCGAAGUCGGGCGGAGAGGGCGCCUUGCCAGCAUUUUGA